AUGCCGACGUUAGGAUUCCUCAAGAAGAAGCGGACGAAGGAGGAGAAGCCUGACCCUUCUGCCUCCAGCCAACCUACGAGUCCAGUUACACCGGUGACCCCGACGUCCUCGAGGACUUUCGAGUCGAAUUCGCUCACUACCAUUCCCACGCAUAGCACGACCGCCACGAGCGCAAGACCAUCUCAAUCGCAACCUACAACCAAAAAUAGCCAGGAAGCACUAGCUUCUGCUGGUGGAGGAUCGCAAAUGAAUCCGCCGGCGGUCCACCAAGCUGCUCCGUAUGGGCUCCAGCCUAGUCCGAGCCCCGCGCAAGCUGGGACGCCGCAAAAUCUACCGAGUAUCAACAACCUAAUCAACCUACCACAGAAUGACGGUCAUCACGCGGCACCUCCGUCGCAACACAUUCAACCUGCAGCUGCGGAGGUCAGGGUGACAAAGGGCAAAUAUUCGCUUGGCGAUUUUGAUCUGCUCCGUACUCUUGGCACGGGAAGUUUCGGGCGCGUCCACCUGGUGCAAUCAAAGCACAAUCAACGAUUUUACGCCAUCAAAGUCUUGAAGAAGGCCCAGGUUGUCAAGAUGAAACAAGUUGAGCAUACCAACGAUGAGCGGCGAAUGCUGGGAGAAGUCAAACACCCAUUCCUCAUCACUUUGUGGGGUACCUUCCAAGAUCCGAGGAACUUGUACAUGGUUAUGGAUUUCGUUGAAGGUGGCGAGUUAUUCUCUCUAUUGAGGAAAUCAGGCCGAUUUCCAAACCCAGUCGCUAAAUUCUAUGCUGCAGAAGUCACUCUGGCACUCGAAUACCUGCAUUCGAGAAACAUUAUUUAUAGAGAUUUGAAACCGGAAAAUCUACUGCUGGACCGUCAUGGACACCUCAAAAUAACAGAUUUUGGCUUCGCGAAAAGGGUCCCAGAUAAAACAUGGACACUGUGUGGAACUCCGGACUACCUAGCUCCGGAAGUCGUUUCUAACAAGGGUUACAACAAAUCAGUCGACUGGUGGUCUUUAGGCAUCUUAAUCUACGAGAUGCUCUGCGGCUAUACACCAUUUUGGGACAGCGGCUCACCCAUGAAGAUCUACGAAAAUAUCCUAAGAGGCAAGGUCAAGUAUCCGGCAUAUGUUCACCCUGAUGCGCAGAAUUUGCUCGAACUUCUCAUUACUCCAGAUCUAACCAAACGAUUGGGGAAUCUGUUCGGCGGAUCACAAGACGUCAAGAACCAUCCGUGGUUCUCGGAGGUCACAUGGGAUAGGUUAUCAAGAAAAGAUAUCGAUGCUCCGUACACGCCCCCUGUCAAGGCCGGCGCCGGCGAUGCCAGCCAAUUUGACAGAUAUCCCGAGGAGACGGAGAAAUAUGGCCAGUCUGGAAAUGACGAGUAUGGUUACCUUUUCCCCGAUUUCUAG